AUGUCAGCAAAGAGCACAGGUGCUCACAUAAACCAUAAGAGCGAAACGGCCGGAUUCGAUGCCCAAGAAAUAUGCAAUACCGUCAAGGCUUCUCCUGAAAACUCUGGAAAGGAGUAUGGAUGCAAUUCGGGAGAUAACACUGUUCAGGGAUAUCUAGAUAUUGAUAUGGACCUUGAUGGUGUCGAUUAUGUAGGAGAAAUCGGUACAGAUUUUAAUUUAGAUGGUUUUGAAUACUACGGUUCCGAGUAUUAUGAUGAUCAAUACAGGGGCAUAACCGGAGACGAGAUAGCUGAGAAGUGGGAAAAUGACCGGCUGAUGUAUUUGGCUCGGGAGAUGGAGGCCUAUGGGUGGAGAGACAAUAUUGAUGUCGAUACUAUUGAUAUUGCUGUUUACGUGUCUUUGAAAUCCCUGGCUUGGCCUGAAUAUCAAAGAGCGAGAGGUUUGAUGCGGUCUGAAUUAGAGCUUGAGAAAGAAGAGCAGGUCGAAAUGUAUACUAGUAUGUAUACGGAUGAGGAAGAAGAGUUGCUACAACCGGAGCCUGUGUAUCCUGUACUCGAGAAUUCUCCUAACGUAUCGGUGCCCAUCGCUACCAGCUCAGCAGAUUGGGUCCAUGAGCACAAUUCUACCUGGAAGCAAGACUUAAAUCCUGAUAUUACUACGUUCUCGCCAGUAACAAACGGGUUCCCACAAGGACCAACUGAUGCUAAGGGAGCAAGUCCUGACUUCAACCGAAAGUUCCUCACGGGAGCUCUCAGAGCUCUAAGAAAGCUUCGGCAUGCAUCGAAGGACCCUACUGCAUCUCCUCAACUUCGUGCAUUUGUCGAUAGUCUAGGUGACCUUAAGGACAUCAUACAAGCCGGACUAGAUUCUCUACAAUCCAUUUUCAAUAACAAAGUACCCUCCCGCUUGAAAGACAUCUAUUGCCUUCUCCACGUCGCCUACGCCAUGUCCCAAGUCGAGAAGAGGGCUAAAGACCCCGAUCUACCAUCGAAAGCCUUUAGGCAAGACCUUUACGUUUUCCGCGGCUGCCUCCCUUCGCAGCCCGAGAGCCCCGAUGAAAUUCUGAGCCCUCAGGAUCUAUUUGACGAAAUCAUUGGCAUUAUGUGGAAGGAAUUUGAAGAAGGGCUUAAAUGGGUGAUUCCACGCUUGAGUAAAGAGACAUCUAGUUUCUUUGAUCAGAGAAUCGCCCAAACACGUGCCGAGGCACAGACCACACGACAUAACCAUCGACCUAACGGCAUUUAUAUGACAUUUCCGAAGACUUCGGCGACUCCCAAAAAACCUGGCGAUGUACCCAAAUCGCUCGAUAUGGUGGCCAGUACAAAAGUACUAGAAAUUGAUAACGACUUAACAAAACUCCAACGGGUAGUAGGAACAAUGGUGUAUCAAGAAUUUCUUAAAACUUUGAGUCAACUUUGCCACCAACAAUUUGCUUAUUUAUACUGGAGCUGUGCCAUUGAUGGGCUGCUCUUCUGGACCGAGAGCCUCGAUCUGCUGGAUCUGAUACUGGCAGACAACAAUGCUAACGGUUGUAUGUAUUGUGGCAACCCAUACAACUUGGAAGGAGACAGCGCCCCUUGCAAAUAUCUCAAGACUUCUUUGUCUACCUUGCAAGCGAAUGGAUACCUCUGGCUAUACAACCAAGUCGUGACUGCUGUCUCUAGAAUCAUGGACCUUACUGUUCAUGAGCCCCUAGAAACACCGUCUCUAGAGCCAUCAGAUGGAGAGUUAUUCCAAGAGUUUAUUGACCUUGCGUCAGGUUCCACUAUGACUUCCAACCCCCAGCCUGGAAUGCGCCGACCGCGUAUUGGAGAUACUCGGUCAACAAAUUUCAGAUGCUCCGAACCGGGCUGCUCUCACGAAUUCGCUCGAAAACAAGGCCUUGACAGACAUAUUGCUCGAUUUCAUAGUCCGGAAACUGUUCGAACAAAACUAAUAUGCGGCUAUCGAGGAUGCACUGCGAAGCGUAGCCAGAUUGUUUCGGCUACUCGUGGUACACGCAAUGAUAAUAUGCGAACUCAUAUGAAAACCCAGCAUGGAUUUACAGAGGAACAGCUGAGGAGGUGGAAGGCGAGGUAUAGAGGAGAUGAGGAAGUUUGGGAUUUUGAUUAA